ACCAUGCAAUUACCCUAACUCUGACACCCCUCUAACUUCCUUCAAUUCAUUCCCGACCCCAGUAAGCACCUAUAUUUCCGUUUUUGCAAUUUUUCAUCCCCUUGCCUCUUCUUCUUCAACUCAGGUUUUACCGAUUACUAUCCAACCCCGCCUUCUUUUUCUCCCUCUACUAGCAGCAGUAGCUAACUCGCGAUUGCAUUUCUCUUGUUCUUUGUCUGUUUUCAGCUGAGGCAUGUAAAUUUGCCUUUCCCUUUUCAAUUCCAGAAAAUUCUCAUCCAGUUUUUUAAUCUUUUGCAUGUAUAUGAAGAAUUGAAUUACCUCUCUUUCAGUUGUAGUGUACAACCUGGCUCGCUUCAUCUCUCCCAUUCCUUAGAAACACAUUUAUAAAAAUCCUGAAAAACAUGUAAUCUAAUUUCCUUCCAUCUCCAAAACACCAACCAAAAAAACAAAAAAAACAAAAAUAGUCUGCUUAAGCCUAGUUCGUAAUAUUGUCAUAACAAUUAUCAAUAAUCUUUAUUCAUUACUGUUAGUUAUCCUGGCCAAGAUUACAACCCUCGUGUAGCGACACCUUUAUAAAAAUUACCAUAUCAUGUAACUUCUAUCAACCUCGUUCUUAGCCAGCUCCUAUAACCCCAAAAAAAAAAAAAAAAAAAAAAGUUUUUAUUUAUUGUUUUUAAAUUCGUAAGUAGAAAAACAAAAACAAAAAAAAGAAGAAGAAAUGCCGGAAUCAGAGGCAGGGACUCCACCGGUGUCGGCUCCGGCAACACCAGGGACGCCAGCUCCACUGUUUUCAUCUCUCCAUGUGGACUCGAUGUCGUAUGAUCGCAAGUCAAUGCCGCGAUGCAAGUGCUUGCCUGUUAAUGCUCCAACUUGGGGUCACCCUCACACGUGCUUCACCGACUUCCCCGCGCCUGAUAUCUCUCUCACUCGGAAGCUUGGAGCAGAGUUUGUGGGGACUUUCAUCCUUAUAUUUGGAGCAACAGCAGGACCAAUUGUGAACCAAAAGUACAAUGGAGCGGAGUCACUGAUCGGGAAUGCGGCUUGUGCAGGACUGGCAGUGAUGGUGGUGAUUCUGUCGACAGGACACAUAUCCGGGGCACACUUAAACCCAUCCCUCACCAUUGCGUUUGCAGUACUGCGUCACUUCCCUUGGGUCCAGGUCCCAGCCUACAUUGCAGCACAGGUUUCAGCCUCCAUUUGUGCUUGCUUUGCUCUCAAGGGUGUUUUCCAUCCCUACAUGUCCGGUGGAGUUACGGUUCCUACCGUUAGCACCGGCCAGGCUUUCGCGCUCGAGUUCAUUAUCACUUUCAAUCUCUUGUUUGUUGUCACUGCCGUCGCCACUGACACUCGAGCGGUGGGAGAGUUAGCAGGUAUAGCAGUUGGAGCCACCGUUAUGCUCAACAUUCUCAUGGCUGGGCCAGCAAGUGGGGGUUCAAUGAAUCCCGUACGAACUCUGGGGCCAGCAGUUGCAGCAGGAAAUUACAAGGAUUUGUGGGUAUUCCUGGUGGCCCCCACACUUGGGGCCAUUACUGGUGCAGGAACCUACACAUUGGUGAAGCUCCGAGACGGGGACGUGGUUGAACCACCGCGCGAGGUCAGGAGCUUCCGUCGCUAACUAGGCCUAGCUAGCUAGGAGCACGAAAAGGACGCAACCUAUAGCUGCCAUAAUAUGUUUAAAUACUAUUUCUUACUUUUUGUGCUGUUUUUUGUUUGGACCUUGCUUGAUUGAUUGAUUAAAUACCAUAUAUGUCAUGAUAGCUUGAAAGUAUAAUAGUAAGAAGAAUAAAGGUGUGGAGGGCGUGUGAUGAUGUGACCGAAAGUCUACGGCCCGAAAGUGCAGUUGAAUAAUGGAUGUUGCCUUUCUAUGGCUUGGGGGUCAUGAUCAUUUAAUGGACGUUUCUGUGAUUUUUAAUUAGAUGUUCGUUUGGUCCUUAGCUCCUUUGUGAGCAGACCUUGCUUGUAAUGUGCUGUGUGUAUCCAAUUUGCUUAAUUUGUCUCCUUUUUUAAAGAGCUUGCGUUUGUAAUCUUUUGUGUAUAUUAUUAAUAAAGUGCAUUAGCGCGCAUGGUUUGUUAGUA